UGUGAUGCCAUGGUGGGACACCCCGAGGCUGUGCCCUGUGUGGGCACUGUCGGGGGGGACACGUUUUCUCCCUCAGAGGGCUCUAACCUGCUCUCCAUCUCUCUGUGCUCCAUGGGGACUGGCAGAAGGUAGGUGUCUGCUACACACCAACCCCUGCACUGCCCUGGGAACCCAGCCCUCUGGGACUGCCUGGUGGGGCACGAUGGGGCUAGUACACAGCAUGGGGGUGGCUUUUGAUGGGCACGAUGGAUGUAGGGUGGCCCAAGGGGUCUCAGACAGAUCAGGGCAUAUAGGGCAGUUUGGGGGGUUUAGGACUGCGUGCUGGCCCUGGGGGCAAAAAGUGAGUGUAAGGCAUAUGGAAUGGGCACCUGGAGUAGUCCUGGGGAUGCAUAAUGAGUCCUGGGCUCUGAGGUGGCACUUGUGCAUAUUCAGGGCACUUGAGGUCACCCAGAGUCAAGUUGGUGACAGGUCCCAUGGGUGUGUUGGGAGAGAAAAGGGUGGGUGUAGGUKCUGGGAGACUGGGGAAACAACCCUCCAGGGUCUCACAGCAACUUUGUUCGGGGCACAGGACUUCCUGGGACAGGCAUUCGUGGCGCUGGGGGAGGUGAUUGGGUCCCAACGGGGACGUCUGGAGAGACCCCUCACGGGUGUCCCGGGGAAGCGGUGUGGGACCAUCCUGCUGCUGGCUGAGGAGCUGAGCAACUGCCGGGAUAUUGUCACGAUGCAGCUGUGCGCCAACAAGCUGGACAAGAAGGACUUCUUUGGAAAAUCCGACCCUUUCCUCGUCUUCUAUCGCAGCAAUGAGGAUGGCACCUUUACUAUCUGCCAUAAGACAGAGGUGGUGAAGAACACGCUCAACCCGGUGUGGCAGCCCUUCACCAUCCCCGUGCGCGCCCUCUGCAACGGCGACUAUGACCGGACGGUGAAGAUAGAUGUGUAUGACUGGGACCGGGAUGGGAGCCAUGAUUUCAUCGGRGAAUUUGCGACCAGCUACCGGGAGCUCUCUCGAGCACAGAGUCAGUUCACAGUGUAUGAGGUGCUGAAUCCCAGGAAGAAAUGCAAGAAGAAGAAAUAUGUGAAUUCCGGCACCGUGACACUGCUCUCCUUCUCUGUUGAGUCUGAGUUCACCUUCGUUGACUACAUACGGGGCGGGACGCAGCUGAAUUUCACUGUUGCCAUUGACUUCACGGCCUCCAAUGGGUUGCCAUCUCAGCCCACCUCAUUGCACUACGCGAGCCCCUACCAGCUGAGCGCCUACGCCCUGGCACUGAAGGCAGUGGGGGAGAUCAUCCAGGACUACGACAGUGACAAGCUCUUCCCUGCGUAUGGCUUCGGUGCCAAAGUCCCACCUGAYGGCAAGAUCUCCCACCAGUUUCCUCUGAACAACAAUGCAGAGAACCCCAGCUGUGCUGGCAUUGAAGGUGUGCUGGAGUCCUACCUGCAGAGCCUCCGCACCGUCCAGCUCUACGGUCCUACCAACUUUGCUCCUGUCAUCAACCAGGUGGCUGGGACAGCCGCCCAGGUGACUGACGGCUCACAAUACCAUGUCCUUCUCAUCAUCACUGACGGUGUCAUCUCUGACAUGCUGCAGACCAAGGAAGCCAUUGUCACUGCUUCCUCCCUGCCCAUGUCCAUCAUCAUUGUGGGAGUAGGUCCAGCUGAGUUUGAGGCCAUGGAGGAGCUGGAYGGUGAUGAGGUACGGUUGUCUUCCCGGGGACGUUAUGCCGAGAGGGACAUUGUACAGUUUGUGCCAUUUCGGGAUUACGUGGAUGACUCGGGCAACCAGGUGCUGAGCAUGGCCCGCCUGGCCAAGGACGUGCUGGCUGAGAUUCCUGAGCAGCUGCUCUCCUACAUGAAGACCCGKGACAUCAAGCCUCGCCGGGCAGAUCCUGAAUAGCUCUUCCAUUAGCCAUGGGACUGGCUGGUGGGGCAAGGAUAUGCCACCUUCCUUCUGCUGGUGGCCGGGGCUUAAUCAUGGAAGUGUGGCCCMCCCACUAGGGAGAUAAUGAGCUGCUAUGGUUGGUGAAAACAGGGCUGGGACCCGCUUCUGGCAGUGAGACUACAGGGCUGGAUAUCCUCGUCUGCCCCUUCCUCCUGCCCGAUGGCCAGCAUUAAGGCAGGACUGUCCCUUGGCUGUGGCAGUGCGGGCAGAGCCAGUGCCUGGGGGGACACGGUGUGUGUGUGUCUGUGUGUGUGUGAGUGUGUA